UUGGGUUUACAAAAAAUAUAUUUACUUCCAGUUUCUGAUAGAACUCUCGAAUGAAUGGCUGUUCUCUUCGUCUUCCGGGAACCGGAAACGGUCUAUGACUGUGCCAGUGUUAUCUGCGGCCUGCAGUUCAUUAUGGGCUGCAGCGGUUUUUAUGGGCGUGGCAACCAGUUCCGGAUCAGUCGGUGGCGAAGGCUGUACUCCUUUACGGUGACCACUCUGGGCCUGUUGGGUCUCUACGGCUCCCUGACCACCCUCCUGGCCGACGCGGACUUGCGAAAACAACUUUUCGCCUCAGACACCUUAGUGCUCAGUAUUGCCGGAAUGGAGUUGGUCAUGUCAACGAUGGUGUAUGUGGUUAGUGUCCUGUCCCUGCAAUGGUACGCCCGACGGCACAUGAGAAUCUACGACCGGUUGGCUGCCCUGGACAACAGAUUAGUGCGUGAUUUUGGCGCAAAUAUGAAUUACCGAAAGAUGUUGAGAAAGAACAUAGUUGUAUUGGCCUUGGUGAGUUUCAUCUACCUGGUGGCCAUCAAUAGUGCCGCCAUCCAGGUGACCAGCCAUUGGGCUGUGUUUCUAGUGACCGCAUUCUCCUAUACAAUCGUCACCGGGGGACCACAUUUCACGGGUUAUGUCCACAUGAGUUUAGCCGAAAUGUUGGCCAUCCGUUUCCGAUUGUUGCAGAGGAUUCUGGAUCCAAUUUUUCUUCAAUACCGAUUUCCGCAAAGGCAGCUAAGGGAAUUACGUAUACGCCAAGUGGUGGCUAUGGUCCAGGAACUUCAUAAUCUCAUCAUGGAGAUCAAUCACGUUUAUGCCUUGAGCCUUGGUACGGCGAUGGCCCAUGAUCUGGCCAUAAGCACUAGUGAGCUGUACAUAUUAUUUGGGCAGUCUGUGGGAAUGGGAGGAGGAUACCAAACCGAUGACGACUAUCGGGACCAGGAAAUACGCCAGAAGCUACUCGGCUACGUGGCUCUUUGUAUGAUCACUCCGCUCUACAAGCUCCUCAUAGCCCCUUUCUACUGCGACCGUGCUGUUACGGAAGCGAAGAAGUGCCUUCGACUGGUCGAGCAACUGGACAUUUGGUUUCCCAAAAACCCCUCCCUGAGACUCCUUGUUGAAUCCCAAAUGUGCUGGCGAAGGCAGGCCAAGAUCCAGUUUACCGGUGGUCUGGAUGUGGUUCUCAAUCGAAGGGUUAUAAGCAUGUUUACUUCAGUUUUGGUCAACUACCUUUUGAUUCUCAUACAGUUUGCAAUGACCCAGAAAAUGGGUGAACAAAUCGAGUUGCAGAAGGUUGCUUUACAGGAUUGGAUUGGUUACUAGAAAGCCCAACACCCAAAAAUAGUAUAAAUGUUUCAAUGUAUUUCCGUUUUAGGUAUCACCAAAGAAAUAAAUAACAUUUAUAAAAGAAAUUAAAGUAACAUUUUGGUGUCUUUAGGUGCCUUUAAGUAUAUUUUAUGCCCAACCCUAGGGUUUUAUUUAUCAUGGACUAAAUUAAUUUACUGCCAGUAGCUGCUUAACAUGGAAACUCCAUAAAUAAGUCAACCCCCACAACAAACUCCCAGUUGCAGACUUCUUGCGCCCACUGUCCU